CUGUCGCGCGGAAAGGAGGAAGAAACGAAGGAAAGCGCAGAGAAGAAGAGCAUUUGGGACGGUACGAUUUUCUCCUCCUCCUCCUCUUCCUGUUUUCGCUUCUUUCCGCUCUCGUUUUCUUCUCGAGAGAGGACGGAAUGGAGAAUUUGUGCGGAGAUAUGUGUAUGUAGUAGUGAAUUGAUGUUUUAAGCCUAAUCGCCGGCAGAGUUUGCUUGCGAAUACUUUCUCCCACUUUCUCCCGUGCCAAACAGCACUCUUUGAAUCUGUGUUUUUUGGAUUUCGUGAUGUAGCAUCUUGCGUACAGAUUGUUAGAAUGAUUGUAUCUGAAAUUUUUGUUGCUGUUCGUGAAUGGCGGAGUCCUGGAUUGGAUUCCAUGGCUCUAGGUUCAUGUCGUUUGCCCUGAAGAAGAAGAUGGAUUGUACUCGUACUCAUCUUCUACAUGUUAGGCUUUCUUCAGAGAUUAGCUGACUGGUUUUUGCAAUCCCUUGUAAUUUCUCUGCACUAAUUGUAUUAGCUGAAGUUCUGUCUCAUAAACCUGGUGCUCAUUUCUGUCUUAAGCUGAUGGAAACUUUUGAAACCUCGCCUAUCCUGCUUCUGAUUCAUGGUAGUGAUUCUAUUUGUCCAAAUUUGAUGAUUAGGUUCAAGCCUUGUGAAGAUUUUGUUCUCCUUCAUUCUUUCUUUCUUGUGCGGAUUUAUGAUAGGGAAAUCACUCGUUUGGAUGUUGGUUAUACAGAUGUUUUGCAAUCUCAGUUUUUCCCCCCUUCUUUUUGAUGGGACUAUUCCAUUGUUGUUUACUGUUACCUUGUUGGUUUGUGAUUGCCAAUUGUUUUGAUAACAUUUGGAGAAUCUUCCUUGGAAUUCUUAAUUAUCUCAUCAUUCCACAUGUCCUUGCUGCAUUAGCUUAUGUUCUACGUGACGAGGUUGCUUUUUCCUAUCUAUAAUGAUGUGUGUCACCAAUGCUGGUUGAAUUUUUGUUUUGAUUAAAUGUAUUUAGCUGAUUUCAUUGACGAUUUUGACCAGGUUCCUUUCUUGCUCAGUGUAAUCAGAGGUCUAUCAACUGUCUGGUGUGCAAUUUUGGCUCUGGAAAAUGACGUAAUUAUGGAUUUCUCCUUCCCUCUCUUGAUUCUGUUUCCUUUUGGGAUAUCGAUUGGAUCCAUUUUUUCCAAUACUAGUUCCAUCUAACAUGCAAAAUAUGUACCCAAUGAAUACUAGUUCCAUCUCUCUUGAUUUUGUAAUACGCAAAAAAAAAAAAUGUACCAAUGAAUACUAGUUCCAUCUAACAUCUUCUGGCAGUUUUGUAUAGAUUUCAAUCAGAUAUCUGAAGUGAAAUCUGGUUUUCUUAACAUGUUUGUAGGGGAGGUAAAGGACGUGUAAGAUGGGAUGAAGAUAAUCUGGGGGAGAUUGAGGCUAAUAAACCUGUGAGGCAAAAAAUUACUGAGCCUAAGACACCGUAUCACCCCAUGAUUGAUGAUGAUGGCACUCUAUCUCCUGCUAAGGACAGCUUUGAUGAGCCCGUUGAUGAUGUUAUGCAUGCUGAGGAAUUGCGAACGGCAUUACACACUGUGGCUUCUUCCUCGAGUGGAAACUCCAGCAGACGAUCUACUGGCUGGACAUCAUCCGAAGAUGAAGCUGACCUAAUGGAACAAGAUGAUGAAGAUAAUGAAACGGACAGGAAAGCAUAUUUCAGGGAGCUUAGAAGAGCACACUACGACGAGUUCCGGAAAGUGAAAGAACUCAGGCGCAAGGGGUCGUUGUUGGAGGACGAGGAGGCUGAAGAAAACGGCCAUGCCAAGGAGAACAACGGAGGACGCUCCAGUUCAACAGCAUCAGUAACCGCUGGUGUGAGGAACAUCGACAUUGAAGGAGAUGCUUCAACUUCAUCUCGCCCUCAAGCUAAUGGAUCGUCUUAAUACUCCCCACAUAGUGAGCCCAAUCUCACGCCUUUUUAUAACUACUGACUCUAUUCUAGCUCAUCUUUUUUUCCCAUGUACUUUCAGUUCACCACAUUUUAAUAUCAGAAUCUUGUAUGUUUCCAUUCGCUUCAACGCUGUAAAUAGCUUUUACUUUCACCUCAUCUCAAGCAUUCUAUCGCAUUUUUACUCGUUUCAUCCUCUAGCUAUGGGUUAUCUUGAGCCUCAGUCCUUGAUUAACAUGAAGUGACAUGGCCUCUCCCAAUUGGAUGCAUCUCCCUCAUGACCACCCCGCCCAUCUCCGCCGGCGACCUCCUGGUCGCCUCCGCCGUACCAGGUGGGUUCUCCACGGUGGACGCGCUUUGUUUUGUUGCGCGGUCGCGCGGCGGAGAAGUGCUUCUCUUGACUGCACGGCCGUAAACGGAGUCCUGCGUGCACGCCAGUAAAGUGUUCUAUGUCCGGCGCAGACUAUCACCGGUGAUGGCAGUGGGGAAGGGAAAUUGAGCAGCCUCCGUGAGAUUUUGCCGAUGGGGAGCCUGUACGAAGGGUAGUCGGAUAAUUUAUCACGGGUGGACUCAUUUAAAGUAAAACAUUAAUUUUUAUUAUUUUAGAUAUUAUUUAUUUGUGUCCAAACAAUUAAUUAAAAGAACAACCCUAAACAAUUCACGCCCAGUCACAAAAAUUCUUCCGUCUGCUUGUUCUCCCCUGGCAUCGUCGAUCGACUCGGUGGCGCUGUUCCCGGCUUAUCCUUGCCGGCGGUCACAAGAAACCGUUCGACCCGCCAUUUGCAUCUCCUCCUGCCAUCCUGCACUCGGAUCUCGUGCUCUUGUACUCUGCCACUCCGCCGACAGUUUCAAUUCCGAAUAGCGGAAGUCGAAUUUCAGGUCGAUGAAUCCCGAGUCGUCGACGACGGUGGUGAAAUUGCCUUCACGGAGCGGAAAAAAACCCCAGGAUCGAAUAAUCCCUCUUCUUAUUCUCGAUGUCGUCGAACCCGCUGUGGCGGCGGCUUGUUGGAAUUCGAACGCUUUAGAGUGUUGGAAGGCUAUGAUUGAGCAUCGUUCUCGAUCAGGAAGGAGACGCGACCGACGUUGUCGACUUCCAGAUUGGACUUGCUCUUGCUGGAAUGGGAGGCGCGAUUGGGGAAAAUUCUGCAGUAGGAGCAGGAAGAGAUUUCGAUGCAAUCGAGUAUACCAAAGUGAGGAGGCAUUCUUGGAGGCAGUGGGAGGCAGAUUCUGACGGGAGGGGAAGAAGAAGGUGUCGCUUGCACUUUACAGGGGAGGUAAGAAGAAGAGUCGUGGAAGAACUAUUGUUGUUGGUUUUACAUAAAUAAAUGAUAGAUAAAACA